AUGCCACCAGAGGGGCAGCGAGGGGCCAAUUACCCUCCGAGAGGCGGCAUGGGUCCUGGGAAUAGGGGCAGGCCGAACAUGGCUCGAGGAGGUGGACCGCCGGGUCCAUCCGCAGGUACAGCUCAGCGAAGCAUGACGAUGCCGAAUAGUGGUGUUGGUGGACGUGGAAUGCCGCAGAGACCGGCCACGACAACGGGGAACCGCCCUCCGCCUCAGAGAACAUAUCCUCAAGAUACCCAGGGCCCCCCACAACACCAGUAUAAUAAUGCUGGCUACGGUGAUGAUGGAUAUGGCGGCGCGUACCACAACUCGGCGAUCGACGACGUUUACGACUCUUACUACGACGAGCCGAGAGCAAGCAUAUCGAGCCACAACUCGCAAACACAAACACAAGGUCAUGCACGGCAGGAGAGUCGUUCAAGCAUGCCUGACUUUGACGCUAUCCCCGUGGACAACAAACGAGACUCGUUUGAGCAAUCGAUGCGGCCGGCCGAGCAGACCAAGCUGAAUCACGCUCGAUCCAUGGGGGAUAUGCGUGGGUCACACUCUGGCGCCUUUGAGAUGACGGGCGACAUCCCUCAGGUCCCGCCGAUUCCUCAAUCCCACGCGUACCAGCAAGGAUACGACCAAGGAUACGGCCAAGGAUACGAUCAGGGACACGAUCAAGGAUACAACGGAUACUCGCAGCCGCCGAUCCCACGAGGUCCGAGUGCGCCUCCGGGGCCGGCCGGGCAGCAUCCCGGGUUCGGGAAUAGCCGUCCACCCAUUGUCCGGCCAGGUACAGCCGCGCCGGCGAAUCCGGACGGUCUGCCUGCCCAUCCAACGCCGGUGCGGCCGGGCUUGAUGGAAAACUCGCCGGUGAAUCCGAAUGCCAAGCCACCCCCGAUCCGAAACUACGGAGGAGGUCCUCAGAUGGGGCAGCAACAGAUGCGAUAUUCACAGCAAUCACAGCAGCAGCAGCUGCCGCCACCACCUGUGCAGGAGAAGGAGAGGGAGCCUCCCGUCACGCCCGGCGAGCUGGAGCAUCUGAGGAUGAUCAUCAAGGGCAAUCCCAAUGACCAGGCGUCUGCGCUGAAACUGGCAAAGCGACUCAUCGAAGCCUCCGAUGUGCUGAUACCAAAUAUCCCGGACCCGAGAGGCAGGAACAAGGCGCGUGAGCGAUACCUCAUGGAUGCCCACAAGAUCCUCAAGAAGCUGGUCGCCUCGCAGAACCCAGACGCCAUGUUUGUCAUGGCAGACGGCUCUGGUAGGGGUUUGUUUGGCCCCGAAUCCGAUGCCAAAGAGGCAUUUUCACUGUAUCAGUCGGCGGCCAAGCUGGGCCAUGCCGCUGCCGCCUAUCGCACGGCAGUUUGCUGCGAGAUUGGCCAUGAAGAAGGCGGCGGCACUCGCAAGGAUCCCAUGAAGGCGAUUCAGUGGUACAAGCGGGCGGCGACUCUGGGUGAUCCGCCGGCCAUGUACAAGGUCGGCAUGAUCCUGCUCAAGGGGCUCCUGGGACAGCCCAAGAACCCGAGAGAGGCAGUCGGAUGGCUGAAGCGGGCGGCGGAGCGGGCAGAUGCCGAGAACCCUCACGCGCUUCACGAGCUCGGCCUGCUGUACGAAUCGGCGCAGGGCAACGACGUCAUUAUCCGCGACGAGCAGUACGCCCUGACGCUGUUCCAGCAGGCGGCGGAGAUUGGAUACAAGUUUUCGCAGUUCCGGCUGGGCUGCGCGUACGAGUACGGACUGCUGGGAUGUCCGAUUGACCCGCGGCUGUCGAUUGUGUGGUAUUCGAGGGCGGCUCAGCAGGAGGAGCAUCAGUCGGAGCUGGCGCUGAGCGGCUGGUAUCUGACGGGCAGCGAGGGCGUGCUGGGCCAGAGCGACACGGAGGCGUAUCUGUGGGCGAGAAAGGCUGCUGUUGCUGGGCUGGCCAAGGCAGAGUAUGCGAUGGGAUACUUUACCGAGGUGGGCAUUGGCGUUCCGGCGAACUUGGAGGACGCCAAGCGGUGGUAUUGGCGAGCAGCUGCCCAGGAUUUCCCCAAGGCGCGAGAACGGCUGGAGGACCUGAAGCGGUCUGGAAAGGAAAGGGCGCGGCCGAGGGAGCGCAUCUCGCGCAGCUCGAAGCAGCAAGAAGGAGAUUGCGUGUUGAUGUAGACAUGUUUUCUCUCUCUCUUUCUUCUUCUGAUUUCUGGGGUUUUUUGUUACAAAGGUAUAGAUGUGGGAGAUGCAGCAGCAGCAAUUUCUCUUUCUUCUUCUGUUUUGGAUUAAUGAGAAUGAGGCAAGCCCGUUUGUUUGGAGCAGAAAAGAUACCAUAUGGGUAGAAUGGAUAGGGUUUAACGGAAAGCUUUUGAUUUUAUUUGCAUGCUCUUUUUUUUUCUUCUUUUUUUCUUUCCAGCCGUUCUCUUCUAUUUGAUGUAUUAAUAGAGAUAAGCUUGCCCUUUUACCAGACAAUGUCUAUGUUCUAUAUCUUAUACCGCCGUACAAUUUUGUUGUCCCGGAAUCGUUUCUUCGUGCGCAUCGUAUCGUACAUGGACCGGAAUGCCUUGCGGCUUCUUGUAUCUUACACCUUGGUUGUCUCCUUUCCCCAUUUCACCGGCUGUUGAACAAACCGCCAAAUGAAGCAGAUCCUCCUCCGGCCGCGUUCCCGUCUCGUCUCGCCUCGUUGCAUAUCCAAUCGACGAGAAACUGCCUGUCCGCUAGCUUCCUCGCAUCCAUGACCCUGGUGCCGACCCGCGCCUCGCCAGCCGCGAAGCUCAGCAGCGUCGGCACCGAGGUGAUUGUGUACAAGGAAGCCAGCGGUGGCCCCGGGACAGACGCUGACAUCAUCUCUGGAGCAUCGAACUUUACGGGCGCAAAGAGCACGCCGCCUUGGGGCUCGCCGACGCCGGAGGUGAUGAGGCUGCGGAGGAGCGGCUCGAUGGAGCGGCAGGAGGGACACCAGGAGGUUGUCCAGAGGGUGAGGAGAGGAGCUUGGCGGGAGGUGGAGAGGGCGAGGAUGGAGUUGAAGGAGGCUGGGGAACUGAUGCUGCUAUGAUGUUAGCUUGGUUAGUUCGAGG